AACAGUUGACAUUACAACUGAAUCAAUAAUUGUUGAAACAGAUUAUCCUACUACAGAAACUGAUGACAUAACAACAGAAUCAGUAAUAGUCGAAACAGAUGCACCAACGACUGAUGCAGUUGUAACAUCAGCUACAAAUCCUACUCUUCCAACAACACAAGCUCAAACGACGGUUGCUACGUCAAUCGUAAGUGACGUUUUGACUGCAGCUGCUACACCUUUAGCAACUACUGCACAGCUGUAUCCACAUGGGUAUAAUGAAGGAGAUACAAAGCUACGAGAUGGAGACGAUAUUACCUCAAACGCCAUUCGCAUACCAAGGGGACUAUUUUUUGGACACAGAAAAUAUCGAAACUUUUACGUGAGUUCCAAUGGGCUCAUAAGUUUUGGAAGGGCGUAUCGUAACUAUUGG